GACUUUAUGCUGUUAGGAUUGAAACAGAGAGAGUUGUUGGCCUUUGUUUUGUUAUGUGUUCUCUGAUACUCCAUGGAAAAAGGUUUGGUGAGUUGCAGAAAUGGCGUAAUCUUAGAUUUGUUAUGCAAAGUAAUGCAUUUGCUUUUUCUAAUUCGUUCUCCUCUGCUACUGCUACUGCUAGUGUUGCUGAUGCUGAUGAUGUGAGCCUUGUUAGUGUUGGUCUAAAAGGUAAGAACUUUACAGUCUCUUACCUCGUUGGUUCAUUGGGUUUACCUAAAAACCACGCAGAAUCGAUUUCGAAGAAGGUCAGGUUCGAGGACAAGUCAAAUCCUGAUUCUGUUCUGAAACUUUUGAGAAAGCAUGGGUUUACAGAUACUCAGAUCUCCAGCAUCGUUACGAGUUAUCCACGAUUGCUUUUAGCUGAUGUUAAGAAAUCACUUGGUCCAAAGCUUCAGUUUUUGCUGUCUAGAGGAGGUUCAAGCUCUGAGCUCACUGAGAUUGUUUCUUCAGUUCCGAGAAUCUUGGGAAAGAGAGGGCAAAAAACCAUCAGUGUGUACUAUGAUUUCAUCAAAGACACUUUACAUGAUACGACUUGUUCCAAGUACGAGACUUCAUGUCAAUCUUUUCCACAGGGUAAUCUUGAGAACAAGAUCAGAAACGUAUCGGUUUUGAGAGAGUUGGGAAUGCCUAGGAAGUUGUUAUUCCGCUUGCUCAUCUCUGGUGAUGGACCUGUCUUCGGUAAAGAAAAGUUUGAAGAAUCCCUCAAGAAAGUUGUUGAGAUGGGUUUUAAUCCAACCUCUGCAAAGUUUCUUGAAGCGCUAACCAUUGUUCAAGGGUUGAGCGACAAGACAAUAGAAGAAAAGGUCAAUGCGUAUAAAAGGUUAGGCUUUGAUGUGGGAGAUGUAUGGACAGUGUUCAAGAGGUGGCCAAACUUUUUGACACCCUCUGAGAAGAAGAUCUUGAACACUGUUGAAACAUAUCUUGGCCUAGGAUUCAGUAGAGAUGAGUUUGCGAUGGUUGUUAGGCGCUUUCCUCAGGGCAUUGGUUUGUCUGCUGAGACGAUUAAAAAGAAGACUGAGUUACUGGUUAAGAAGAUGAAUUGGCCUCUAAAGGCUCUGGUUUCAAACCCUGCGGUACUUGGAUACAGCAUGGAGAAGAGGAUUGUACCAAGGUGUAACGUAAUCAACGCUCUCAUACCCAAAGGAUUGCUAGGAAGUGAACUCCCUUCGAUAUCAUAUGUCUUCAUAUGUAGCAAUGAGGUGUUCUUAGACAGGUAUGUUAAGAAGCACGAGGACAAGAAGCUGGUGACUGAGUUGAUGACUAUCUAUAGUGCUUCAUAGAUCACAAGGCAUGUCAAGGAUUCUGGUUCUAUUUUUUUGAAUAUCGUAAAACCUCAAUUUCAGACUUUUUAAAUAUCAAUUUGAUCCGGAUUCAACUGUUUCUCUUAAAAUGCCUAA